AUGCAUGCCUUCGCUGCCAAGCUCUGGAGCGUCUUCAUUUACCUUUUGCAGAGGCAGAUCCGCAAGGUAAUUCAGUACCAAACUGUUCGAUAUGAUAUCCUACUCUUAUCUCCUGUGUCCCGGAAUCGGCUAGCCCAGGUGAAGAGGAAGAUCCUGGUGCUGGAUCUGGAUGAGACACUUAUUCACUCCCACCAUGAUGUGAUCCUGAGGCCUACAGUCCAGCCUGGAACACUUCCUGACUUCAUCCUCAAGGUGGUAAUAGACAAAUAUCCUGUCCGGUUUUUUGUACAUAAGAGGCCUCAUGUGGAUUUCUUUUUGGAAGUGGUGAGCCAGUGGUACGAGCUGGUGGUGUUUACAGCAAGCAUGGAGAUCUAUGGCUCUGCUGUGGCAGAUAAACUGGACAACAGCAGAAGCAUCCUUAAGAGGCGAUACUACAGACAGCACUGCACUUUGGAGUUGGUCAGCUACAUCAAGGACCUCUCUGUGGUCCGCAGUGACCUCUCCAGCAUUGUGAUCCUGGAUAACUCCCCAGGGGCUUACAGGAGCCAUCCAGACAAUGCCAUCCCCAUCAAAUCCUGGUUCAGUGACCCCAGUGACACAGCCCUUCUCAACCUGCUCCCGAUGCUGGAUGCCCUCAGGUUCACCGCUGAUGUCCGUUCCGUGCUGAGCUGAAACCUUCACCAACACAGCUGCUCCCCCUCCACCUGAGUUGGGGUGAGGGGGAAAGGGAGGGCAAGCCCUUGGGAUGCCGUCUGAUGCCCUGUCCAAUGUGAGGACUGCCUG